CGAACAAGCAAAAAUGUUUGGCGGCUCUUGGGGUCAGCAAAAUCAGCAGCAGCAGCAACAGCAGCAGCAACAACAACAACAAAAUCAACCACAACCUGGAACGUCAGCAUUUGGGCAGCAGCAGCAGCCGAAUGCUUUCGGUUCGGGUGCGACUGGCGGCUUUGGGGGUGGAGCCUUUGGUCAAAACACCCAACAGCCGACUGUGAAUCCGAUGUUUGGAAGUAGUACAUCGAAUCCAUCAAGCACUGGAGCGGCCUUUGGUUCUUUCGGUGGUGGAGGGACAUCUGCGUUUGGCGCACCGAAGCCCCCGGCAUUUGGAGCGUUUGGAGGCGGUGGUACCAGUGGCACCUCGGCAUUUGGAAGUGGAGGGACGUUCGGGCAGACGAACCCAAGUGGUACGUCUGCAUUUGGUCAGCCUGCGGGAGGGACAAGCGCGUUUGGUGGGACGGGAACGGGUUUAUUCGGUCAGAAGCCUGCGGCUCCGACUACUGGGUUUGGAAGCACAUCGACAGGUCCAACCAUAACCACAGCCGAUGGGAGCGUUCCACCAGUGACUACGGGUUCCGCCAAUCCUCCCUACUCUGUUUUUUCGGAGAAAGAUGCAAAUACACCAAAUAUCACUCUGAAUUACCAAAGCAUCAGCACGAUGCCUGCGUACCGCGGGACCUCGUUUGAGGAAAUUCGUGUCCAAGAUUAUGCGCAAGGACGCAAGACGGCAGGCAGCUUUGGUCAAUCUGCGACUUUUGGAUUAGCACCUUCACAGUCGACGUCUACUACCUUCGGUCAACCCGCCGCAAACACGAGUACCUUUGGUUCCUUUGGUCAGAACAGUCAACAGUCCUCAACGCAGCCGUCUACUACUUUCGGAUCUUUUGGACAGCCCGCUACGACGCAGCCGCCAGCAUUUGGCACAGGCACCAGUACUGGGGCUUUUGGCUCAUUUGGGCAGAACACACAACAACCGCAGCAGCAGCCGAGUGGGACAGGCUUGUUUGGUGGAGGAGGUGCAUUCGGACAAAGUAAUCAGCAGCAGCAGACUGGAUCCGCAUUUGGUGCAUUCGGCCAGUCCAAUCAGCCGAAGCCGUUUGGUGCUUUUGGUCAGACCUCGGGUACAACUGGCUUUGGAAGCGGAGGUGGAGGUGGAGGCUUGUUUGGACAAAGUACAAACCAGCCUGCAGGACAACCUACUACCGGAUUAUUCGGUCAGCCCGCCAAUCAAAACCAGGGUUCAUCUGCAUUUGGCUCCUUUGGUGCGAAUGCAAAUAAACCCGCAUUUGGACAACCUGCUGCGCAGCAGCCAGCGUCUACCGGUUUCAGUCUUUUUGGCCAGAAUAACCAGCAACAACAACAGCAGCAAAACCAACCACAAGGCCAACAACCAUCAACCGGCCUCUUUGGUAGUGGUACGACUGGAACAGGGACAGGUCUGUUUGGUCAAAACAACCAACAGCAACAGGGCCAGCAAGGUCAACAAGGUGGCACGCAGCCGUCGACUGGUCUUUUCGGGCAACCCGCCCCUCAGCCUUCAACCGGCUUGUUUGGUACUGGAACGACAGGAACGGGUCUCUUCGGAAAUAAUAAUCAGAAUAAGCCAACAGGAUUCGGGCUGUUCGGUGGAACGAACAAUCAAGCGGCAGGUUCUGGCUCUACGCAGCCUUCUACAGGAUUAUUUGGUCAGCCAUUUGGGCAGUCAACCACUCAGCCAGCCCCAGGAACAACUGCGUUUGGUGGGUCAUCGUUGUUCGGCCAAAAGCCUCCAACAACAAAUGCUUUUGGUCAAUCAACUGCGCAACCAGCUUCUACCGGGUUGGGUAGCUCACUGUUCGGUGCCAGUGCAUUAGGUGGUACUGGUGGGGGAUUUGGGCAAUCCGCUGUUGGUACUGGCGGAGGACAAGGUUCAUUGACUGCUUCGAUUGCCCAGCCGGUCCAAGAAAACUUGCCUAUCUUCAGCUUGUUGAACAACAAAGAACAACCUGCUUCCUUCGCUCCUCCGCCGAAGAAGAUGUCGAACUUCUUCGCUGAUAUUCCUACACGCACUCCACUUGGUAUAUCGAAUGCUCGGCUGACGAAUGGAGGGAAGCUACGCGGCUUCGGUGCUUCAUUAUCCGCAGCAGGUCUGAAUAGAUACGGCGGACUCCAAUCAUCACUGGCAUCGUCAAAGAACGCCGGCAACCUCGCGCUCAGCAGGGGCGAUAGCAGGAGCCUGCUUGGUGCAGAUGCCUUCACGAGUGGUCCAUCACUAGGCAGUGACGGCAAAUCUAGCCCGAAGAAACUUGUUCUCCACAAGAAAAUCGAACCAAGUGACGUCUUUGGUCGUUCGAGAUCUGCUUCUGCUUCCUCGAAAGUGGAGUUUAAUCCUGCGAUUAGUAUUGCCUCGCGCGAGAAAGAAGCUAGCUCAAUGCCACCCCCGCCGUUGCCAACUGCCCCACCCCCACAACGAAAAUCCUCGUCUGCCGAGAAGGACGCGUCAGAAUUACAGGACGGUGAUUAUUAUGUCAAACCACCUCUCGACGUGCUACGUAAAUUGAGUAACCAGGAGUUGUCGUCAUUUGAAGGACUCGUAGUCGGUCGCAAAGGACACGGAGAAAUCCAAUUCCUGCAACCGGUAGACUUGACUACGCUACCAAAGCUGCAGGAUCUUCUUGGAAAGAUCAUACAAAUGGACAAGCAAGAACUCACCGUGUAUCCAGAGUCGACUCUGGUCGAGAUUGAGAAACCUCGAGUUGGUGAAGGCCUCAACGUUCGUACACGCGUUACGCUCCAUGGUUGUUUGCCCAGGGACAAAGCAACCGGUGAACCUAUUAAGGAUCCUAAACAUCCGGCCUUCAUAAAGCAGAAACGGAGGCUGCAGAUUAUGAAACGCACACAAUUCGAAUCUUUUGACCCUGAGACGGGGACUUGGGUCUUUAUCGUUGACCACUUUUGAUGGGUCUUGUUCAAUUUUGCAAUUUCAAGGUUAAUGUUUCAAUGAUCUUCUGAUAAUUUUCUUAUGUCCCAUUUUCAUGUACCGUCGAUAGCUUUGAUUGCACGAAUAAAUUUUCAC